AUGGCGGCUGAGAGGAGAGCGGACGGGCAGCUGCUGGGGGCGCUGCUGCUACUGGCUGCGGGUGAGCACCUUCCUGUCCUGUUCGCUAUCCAGGCCUUCUAUUGUGUACAGGUGAGCACCGUUCUGUUCUCUAUCCGGGUCUUCUAUUGUGUACAGGUGAGCUCCUACCUGUCUGACUACCCAAUCUUUACCGGACACCCAUCCAGCCCACAGCGGCCAAUUCUGGUGGUUUGCUGUGCCGUGUCCUAUUCCUCUGAGAAUUUAUAUUGCAUGUUGUCCGUGGUCCUCGCCGCCUCUUCAGCUCCCCCCGCACGCUCCCGGACCUAUGUCCUGUCUGCCCCCCCCAUCAGCCUGAAGGAAGGAGAAGCUGCUGAAUUCAAGUGCUCCUAUCCUAACACCUUCGUCAACCCACGUAUAGAGUGGAAGUUCGCAUCGGAGACUAAUAGCGCCCUGAUAUACUAUGACAACGAGCUGACAGCUUCCUAUAAGGGGCGGGUGGACGUCUUUCCAACAGGCCUCCGGCUGAAUUCCGUGACCAGGAAGGACAGCGGGGAAUAUGCGUGCGAGGUUACCGGAAAAGAUGGCGCUGGAAAUCCGGAUUACAGAGUGGACAAGACUGAGCUGGUGGUGUUGGUUCCCCCCUCUGUGCCCGUUGCUCAGGUGCCACUUUCUGUCAGCACCGGGAGUGCGGCAACACUUUUCUGCAUGGAGAAUGACGCCUCACCGCGGCCAACCUUUGUCUGGUAUAAGAACGACGUCCUGAUGCCCGAAAACCCGAAGGGCAGUCCCACCUUCCAAAACUCCAGCUAUACUCUGGAUCCCAAAACUGGACAGCUGCGGUUUGAUCCGGUGACACAGAUGGAUGCCGGAGACUUUUCCUGUGAGGCAUCAAACUCCCAGGGGAAGCAGAAGUCGGCCGCCAUUCGUAUGGAAAUCAAGGAUGUGAAUGUUGGAGGAAUUGUAGCCGCCGUCAUCAUCAGCCUCCUGCUUCUUGGACUGAUUGCAUUUGCUGUCUGGUUCGCCUAUCACCGCGGAUAUAUCGGCAAGAAAGCCAAUAAAAAAGUAAUCUACAGUCAGCCAUCGGAGACGCGCAGCGAUAAAAACUUCCAGCAAACUUCAUCCUUCCUGGUCUGAGUCUCCUCCUUGUUGGGGGGAAUCUGUCAUUCCUGUUCUCUGCUGUGGCCUUUCAUCUU